AUGGUCGUUCCAUAUUGGGCCUUUGGCUCCGACUGCUUCGAUUUCGUAGGUUAUCGGACGUCGAACGGCCUCUCAUUCGCUGACGCUUGCCCCACGGACUACCUUCCCAUUUCUUCGGGGCCCAACGUCACUCUCGAGAAAACGCCGGAGAACCAUGAUGGAUCCCCCAAUGGUUAUGCCUUCCUAGAAAGGGUGAAGGCCGCUUGGAUGUUCAAGGAGCGGAAGAGACCGAGGCGCGAGCGGGACACCUCUUUACCUACCACCUCGUGCCCCCCUUCUCCCCUUUACGACUCAGAUCUUGACGCCUGGGACUUUCCUGGGACCGUUUACUGUCAAACUGCAUGGUCAAAGAAUCACAUGUUGUCAGAUGUGGAUGAUGAAAUCCUCGUUGUUGAAGAUUCCUGA